AUGGAGCUCGCGGACUACGGAGCGACGAAAACCUUUUUAUUGGCCCGCGAGCGAAGGACGCCGCGUCACCUCCGCCGCAGCGAAUAUCUGAGCCUUUGUUGGAACGACGACCACUACUCGGAACUGAGGAGGUUGCGACAGACUCUAGGAGCCGACGAUACGGUUACCACAAACAACCCUCACUGGCGUUCACAAAAAUACCACUCUGAUAUCUCAAGUGAGCCGCCACAAUCCGCGGAGCGUCAUCACUCAAGAGACCACUCUGUACAGGGUGUGACGAGUGAGGUGUUGAGAGUUAGAAGAGGAGAACAUACUGAGGGUCACGAGACACACAGAGGAGAGGCGGCCGGCUCCAUGAGAGACGAGGUCGGUGUACCGUGA